UCCGGCGGCCCCGCCCCGGCCCAGGUGAGCGGCUCCGCCCCGGCCCAGAUCAUAAGAACAGUAAGUGUGUCCCAAAGAAGAACAUCUUUCAAGAAAUACAGUCAUUGGGGGUGAUACUAGAUCCACAAUGGAGGUUCCCCCAGCAUCCAAGCUUGGUGAGACCUUUGUGUUUGAAGAUGGGUUAGAGAUGCAACAAGAACUUUUCCCAGACGAGGACCUAGGGGACUCAUUUCUUCAGGAAAGGGGUUUAGAGCAAAUGGCAGUUAUCUAUAAGGAGAUCCCUCUUGGGGAGCCAAAUGAGGAACAUGAUGAUUAUGAGGGGAAUUUUAGUCUGUGCUCAAGCCCUGAUCAGCAUCAGAGUAUCCCCCAAGUAAACAAACCCCAGGAUGAUGACAUAUUUGGCCAAACCUUCCUCCAGAAAUCAGACCUCAGUAUGUGUCAGUUAAUCCAUGAUGGAGAAGAACCCAGCAAACACGACUAUGAGCUAGUGGGCAGGGGGGACUCGGUACCUAAUGAACCUCACAGAACUGCACAACCACCAAAACCCUAUGCGUGUCGGGAAUGUGGGAAGGCCUUCAGCCAGAGCUCACACCUUCUUAGGCACCUGGUGAUCCACACUGGGGAGAAGCCCUAUGAGUGCUGUGAGUGUGGGAAGGCCUUCAGCCAGAGCUCGCACCUUCUCAGACAUCAGAUAAUCCACACCGGGGAAAAGCCCUAUGAAUGCCCAGAAUGUGGAAAAGCCUUUCGCCAGAGCUCAGCCCUCACACAACAUCAGAAAACCCACACUGGGAAGAGACCGUAUGAAUGUAGGGAAUGCGGGAAAGAUUUCAGUCGGAGCUCAAGUCUGAGAAAACAUGAGAGAAUUCAUACUGGAGAAAAACCUUAUCAGUGUAAGGAAUGUGGGAAAUCCUUCAACCAGAGCUCAGGCCUGAGCCAGCAUCGGAAAAUCCACACCCUAAAGAAACCUCACCAAUGCGAUCUCUGCGGAAAGGCCUUUUGUCACAGGUCCCACCUCAUUCGGCACCAGAGGAUUCACACUGGGAAGAAACCCUACAAAUGUGAAGAGUGUGGGAAGGCCUUCAGCCAGAGCUCCAACCUCAUCGAGCAUCGGAAGACCCACACCGGUGAGAAACCCUACAAAUGCCAUAAGUGUGGGAAAGCCUUCAGCCAGAGUUCCUCCCUCAUUGAGCACCAGCGGAUUCACACUGGGGAGAAGCCUUACGAGUGCGGCCAGUGCGGCAAGGCCUUCUGCCACAGCUCCGCACUGAUUCAGCACCAGAGAAUCCACACCGGGAAGAAACCCUACACGUGCAAUGAGUGUGGCAAAGCCUUCCGGCACAGGUCGGCCCUUAUUGAACAUUAUAAAACCCACACCAGAGAGAAACCCUAUGAGUGUAACAAAUGUGGCAAGUCCUUCAGGGGAAGCUCACACCUUAUUCGGCAUCAGAAAAUCCAUGCUGGGGAGAAGCUCUAA